AUGAUGUGGGAGGCUUACUUUGAUCUAUGUCCUAAUAUGCAGCCUGCAGUUAUGGCUUCACAUAUUGACACGCCACAUGAAUCUGAUUCUAAGAAACCAUCACAUCCACCUCUUAAUGAAAGGAUCCUUUCUUCCAUGUCCAGGAAAACUGUUGCAGCCCAUCCUUGGCAUGAUCUUGAGAUAGGACCUGGAGCACCAAUAAUUUUCAAUUGUGUGGUUGAGAUAAGCAAGGGAAGUAAGGUGAAAUAUGAACUUGAUAAGAAUUCUGGUCUAAUCAAGGUUGAUCGUGUUCUUUACUCAUCAGUUGUGUAUCCACACAAUUAUGGCUUCAUCCCUCGUACUCUUUGUGAGGACAGUGACCCAAUGGAUGUCUUGGUCAUCAUGCAGGAGCCAGUUCUUCCAGGGUGCUUUCUUAGGGCAAAGGCAAUAGGCCUCAUGCCCAUGAUAGAUCAGGGAGAGAAGGAUGACAAGAUUAUUGCUGUCUGUGCAGAUGACCCAGAAUAUCGGCACUACACUGACAUAAAAGAGCUACCGCCCCAUCGUUUAGCUGAAAUUCGCCGCUUCUUUGAAGAUUACAAGAAAAAUGAGAACAAGGAUGUUGCAGUCGACGAGUUUCUGCCAGCCACAAAAGCCUAUGAAGCAAUCCAGCGUUCCAUGGACCUGUAUGCAAGCUACAUCGUUGAGAGCUUAAGGCGUUAA